CUUGUUUCCGGGGCACACAGAUGUCCCGGUGACGUUUUUCCCAGCCGCAGUGAGACGGACUGGGCGAGAAUGGCUGCCGGUGGAGACGUUGGAAAGCUGUUACAAGUACAAAAUGGGACUCCUGCAAGCACAAGCUAUAACGGGGUAGACGCCCUGCAUGCCUGCACCAUUCUCCAGCAGCUUAAAGCCCUGUACGAUGAAGCGCAGCUGACCGACAUUGUCGUGGAGGUGGACCAUGGCGAGACUUUCGCCUGUCACAGAAAUGUGCUUGCUGCCAUCAGUCCUUACUUCAGAUCAAUGUUCACCAGCGGCCUUACGGAGACCAGUCAGCGUGAGGUGCGCAUCGUGGGCGUGGAGUCGGAGUCCAUGAGCCUCGUGCUGGACUACGCCUACACGUCACGCGUCGCCCUGUCCGAGCACAACGUGCAAGCUCUGUUUACGGCAGCAAGUCUCUUCCAGAUCCCAGCGCUGCAAGACCAGUGCGCUCACUUCAUGAUCAGUCGGCUGGAGCCGCAGAACUGCAUCGGUGUGUUUAUGUUUGCUGAUGCGUACGGACACCGGGAGCUCCGUGAACGAGCCCAGGACUACGUUCGCAGGAAGUUUUUGUGUGCUGUGGAUGAACCAGAGUUCUUGCAGCUGACCAAGGAGCAGGUGGUGGGAAUUCUGGAUAGCGACGACCUCAAUGUGGAAAAGGAGGAGCAUGUGUACGAGGGCAUUGUACGCUGGCUGGAGCACGACCCUGUGCGUCGGCAGCCGUUCCUCGCCGACGUCUUUGCCAAGUGUAUCCGGCUGCCGUUGUUAGACGAGGCCUUCGUGAGCCGCAUCCCAGCCCCAUUUGCCUUGGCGCUGCCCAUGGAUCUCACGGAAAAGAGCCGGGCUAACGGUGCCAACGGCUGCCCGCAACGUCUGGGCAUGACUGCGUCUGAGAUGGUGAUCUGUUUUGACGCAGCACACAAACACUCGGCCAAGAAGCAGACAGUACCGUGUCUGGACACGGCCACGGGCAAGGUGUACAAGCUGUGUAAACCGCCUAACGACCUACGCGAGGUCGGCAUCCUGGUCACACCCGAGAAUGACAUCAUCAUCGCCGGAGGCUAUCGGCCUGGAAGCAGUGAGACGUGCAUAGAUCAUCGAGCGGAAAGCGACGUCUGGCAGUACGAGCACGCCGGCAACCGGUGGCUGUCGCGUGCGCCCAUGCUGAGAGCGAGGAUAGGAUGCCGUCUGGUACAUUGCUGCGGGAAGGUGUACGCCCUCGGAGGACGCGUUUACGAGGGUGACGGACGCAACGCUCUUAAGUCAGUCGAAUGCUACGAUGCCAGGGAUGAUUGCUGGAUAGCUGUUAGUCCGAUGCCUGUCGCCAUGGAGUUUCACAGUGCUGUGGAGUAUAAAGAUCGCAUCUAUGUGCUCCAAGGCGAAUACUUCUUCUGCUUUGAUCCCCGUAAGGAUUACUGGGGACACUUAUCUCCCAUGAAAAUCCCACGUAGCCAAGGACUGGCGGCACUGCACGGGAACCUCAUCUACUACAUCGGCGGCGUGUGUCGCAACCACCAGCGCACCUUCACCGUGGAGGUGUUUGACCUCGAGCAGAACAGCUGGAGCCAGCGACAGGACUUGCCCUUCGAGCAGGCUGCCAGCCCCUACAUCAAAGCGAUGAUGUUAGGAGGACACCUGCACCUAUUUGUGCGCGCUACCCAGGUCACGGUGGAGGAGCACGUGUUCCGCACUAGCCGCAAAAACUCUCUAUACCAGUACGACGAGCAGGAAGACAGCUGGAGCAAAGUCUACGAGACACCAGAGCGCCUCUGGGAUCUCGGCCGCCAUUUUGAGUGCGUCGUAGCCAAGCUGUACCCUCAGUGUCUGCAGAAAGUGCUUUGAUUAGGAAGUUUGGAAGCAGGGAUACUUUUUUUGUUUGUUUGUUUGUUUCAGGAGAAAGGGGAGUUAGUAAUUCUGAUCCCCACCUAUGGUGCUGUUCGAGUCCCUAGACGCGGGAAGAGGAAAGUCUUAAAGUCGAGCGAUAUUCAGUGACCUCAGAGGAGUGCUUAUUGUGAAGACGGCAGUAUUUUUAAUCUGUAAGAGACAAGAACAAAGUGUCCUCGCUGUUGCUUGUUUUACAGUUAAAACAAACAAAUUCUAAGUGCAAUUAUCACAUUGUUUGUGUCUUGAGCCAUUUUUUUUUCUUUUAUCUUUACAGCUUAUGUGAGGGGUGAUUUUUUUUUUUUUUUAUGUGCAGUGGAACACAGUAAUAGAUGACGUCCUUGUUGGUAAGGAUUAGCAGCGUGUGUUAAAAAUGACAAUAAUUAAAAAUAUAUAAAUGGCUAUAUAUAUUGAUACGGGUCUGGUGGGAUGAGGUGCCCAUCGUUAGGUAGCUAGAAUACUGAAUAAUUCAUCUUUCUUUCUUAAAGAUUUUAAACCAUCUAUGGCUAAACACUCUCGGUUUUGUCUUUUUGAUUAUUUAGUUAUGGUGUAAUCAUUAAUAUAGAUUAGUCUAAUUGUGAGUGGCUGAUUUUUUUUUUUAUUUUUACUUUUCCUCCGAAUGAUUUAUUGAUCUUGACCUUUUUGGCUUUUCAGUUUAGGUUACAACUUUUUUUUUUUCUUUCUUUUCUUCCCCUAGGCUGAAAAUUCGAAAAAGAAAUUUCUUUUGGUGUUUUUCAGGGCCUCCAUCUGUUGAGAGCCACAGUUCUAUCCAGUUUGGUGCUUUUGAUGCUUCACCGUAACUCAUCAAGCCUUUUUCUAAUUUUUUUUAAUAUUCUUAUUUAAAUCCUUGUCGUGCUACAGAACAGGGAAAAACACUGAAACUGUUUGUUUGUGAGAAAUUGUGAUAAUCUGAUACAUGGUUGUAAACUCGCACCUAUCCAGCUACAUAUUUGCGACGACUUCUUUUUUUUUUUUUGUGUGUGUGUUUGUGCGUUUCACCAGUGCCAUUUUAGCGAGGAUACAAUGUUAUACUCGGUCUCCAUAUUGGAGUGGAUCAGUGUAGUCUACUGCAGAACUGGAGCAAUUAAAGCUAAGGUUAAAGCAAAUGUUCUGAUUUUCAGUUCUAAGGACACACCAUCCCAAUUUAGACCUGGAAGAGAAAAUCCCAGAGAUUUAUUUGAGCGCCAUAAACCCCCUCUUCACCAACCCCCAUUUGUUUUGUUUGCUUUCCUGUUGUUGAACACAAAGGCUGAUUGCUAAGCUCUGAGCGGCUAAGUCGAAUACCCUUUUGGCUGCAGGAAACAGGUUUGAUGUCAUACCUGGGCUGUGGAGUGCCACCAAGAAGCAAGGAGAGAGUUUUUUAUUUUUUUUUCCUUCAAGAUCAGUGCAAGCAGAACCACUUUUCACAUGCAUUAAUUUUUGGGGUUUGAACAAAAAAAUAAAAAACCCAGAUGACACUACUUUCUCAAGAAGGUAUGCAUUAAAGAUGUUAUAAGGAGGAUGUCUUCACCUGAACAUUAGCCCUUUAUGGCGUUUAAAUGAUUAUAGUUCUGUUCAGUGAACAUCAGUAUGUGAAGCAUCUGUCGAUCAUCUGGAAAAUUUGAAAAACAGAAAUGUUACACGGUGCUGCUUUUUUUUUUUUUUUUUUUUUUUUUUUUGGGGACAAUCCUGUACAUAAAUACACUUUUGUUGUUUUUCUUUUUAAAUGCAGCCACCGGGUUUAAAGUCCUGUUGUAGCUUGGCGUGUGUGAGCAUUAUUGCUUGUUUGGUUUUGUUGAUUGUAUGUUCUGUCGGUUCCUGUGGCAUGUUGAUCUUGCACUACAUUCACACUCGGUCUCAAUCGCAAGCUGUACAUCACACAAAGCAAAGCCAUUACUGAACACCGAUCUCUCAUUUUCAACACAAGUUGAGCGCUCUGCUCCAGGCCCCGGACCCUGCAAAGAUGUCACCACGUGGCCCACAUGCGUGUCCAAUCAGUGGUCGAAGCACACGUGCCAUUUUCUCACUCUGAGUCCUCGAACUCUGAACGAGGGAUGGAAGCUGAAUGAGCUUCGCUGUGACUCUGGUGCAAUAAGUUGCCUUCGUCAAGACUUUUUUGUAAACAAAGCUCAGUAGCAUGAGAACUAGAACCGGACCAUUCUCAGGAUUAAUUACUGAUUAUACCCAGUACUGUAUUGACAACUGUUUGAUAUUCAUGUAAAAUACUGUAACAUGAGUUGCCGUACUUGCACAGUUUUUUUUUUUUUUAACAGGAUUUUAUUUACCUUGUCUUUUUUCAACUUGAAUAAUAGAUGUGAUUUUUUUUUUCCAUUCUGUUUUACUUAUGAGUGAUUUAUUUUCUAUUUUAAAUCUAGUAGGUUUUUUUUUAAUACACAUUCUUUGUUUUAAUGGUUUGUCUCCACUGAUCUCACUUCAACACAACUCAAAGCAUUACACCAACUAUAACAGCAGUACUAGUUCAAAUGCAUCAGUCUUCUUGUCUAUAUGUAUAGAAAAACGUCAAGUUUUAGCUAAACUUAUGUCGUCUGCUGCAAAGCCAAUCAACCUCCUUGUCUGUGCAUACAUAGCUACAAUUUACAUGUCUAUUCUUUCUUUUUUUUUGUGUGUGUGUGUCUGCUUUUUGUUUGCCUGGUUGUAUGGUAUGAGAAUUUGUUAAAUAUACUUUGAUUUCAACUGUGAAAUUCACAUUGCACAUAAUUUGAA